GUUAGUUUUCUGAUUUUUAAUUUAUCUAUAAACAUUUUUAGAUUAGUUAGGUACCUAAUUAUUUUUCAUGACUGAAAUUAGCAUGCUGAAAAUUGGGGAUAGGUUCAGCUCAUUCGCUGACGCAAAGAAAGCGAUUGAGGAACUUGGUGAAAAUACGUACACAACAUUUUGGAAACGAGAUGCGCGUACGAUUGCAAGCAGUAAAAUUGUGAGACCAAUAGAAAGCUCUUUGAUUUAUUAUCAACUUCUAUAUGCAUGUAAUCCGGGUGGAAAGAAGUUUAAGGGCAGUGGGAAAAAAAUUCGACAGUCUUGGACAUUUAAAGAAUAUUGUCCAGUACAUGUAAGAUUCAAAGCAUCGUCUGAUGGAAAAGCACUCGAGGUAACAUCGGUUCAAAUGAAGCACAAUCAUGUCACUUCGAAGGUUCUACAUGCACAUAACCCUAGCCAAAGAAAACUUUCCAGUAACAUGAAGAAAAGCGUCAAGGAUUAUUUGAAUAUGAAGGCUAAUAGAAAAAUGAUACAGCAAAAAGUUCAAGAAAGUACUGGUGCCAAUGUAGCUGUUUUGCGAGACGAAGACAAUAAUUUCUGA